AUGCGUCUGCCCUACGCCCCUUCCACCCCACCUGUCGAUGCAUCCCCAGACACCGCCGACAUCUAUGCCCGCAUCGCGGAGCGCAGAAACCCCCGUCCUUUGAUCCCACUUGAUUUGUCUCUCCUCCAUAGUCCACCUGUCGCAGAUGGUUGGAACUCCUUCAUCGGAGCUAUUCGGUCGCGCACUCUAGUUGACUCUGGUGUCAUGGAGUUGGCAGUCUGCCGUGUUGCCGUACUCAAUAACGCUGUUUACGAGUGGAAUGCUCAUGCUCCACUAGCUCUGAAAGACCGCUCUUACACUGCCUUCCACCGCCGAGGGGAUGUUGCCGAGCUUGAGAAUAGCGCACUCACCGCGCAGCAGCGCGCAGUUCUACGCUAUACCGACCAAAUGACUCGUACCAUCAGAGUUCAAGAUGAUGUUUUUGCUGAAUUGAAGAUGGUCGGGUAUGAUGACCGCGACAUCGUGGAGCUCACCACCGGCAUCGCCGGUUAUAACUGUGUGAGUCGGUUCUUGGUUGCGCUAGACGUCGGUGAGAACAAUGCUCGCGAGAUGAAGACUGUGGAUGAGUUGGUCGCUACUCUGCAAUAG